UGGAAAAUCAUAAUUGUUAUGCAGGACAAGUUUUAGGGAGUAAUUUGUUACAGUUGAGACUAUGGGGGACUAAAUUAGAAUCAAGGUCGAAUUUUGCGAACUGAAUUUGUUAUUAACCAUUGUUUUGUAUGAAACUAUAAGAUGCAUUUUCUAGGGUUUGUAGAACUUACAAGUUGAAGCAGUACUUAAGAUUUGUGAGCCUGCGCGUAAGCAACCUUUGUUCUGUAAAAUACAUUCAGACCUGUUUGUUUGGUUGGAAGAUGCAGCAAUAAUCUACUUUGGACCUUUAUGGUAUUAUACAUAUAUAUUUGUUUUGUGUUAGGAGUAUGUUGACUAAUUUGUUUGGAUGAUCAUAUAUUUUUAGGUAUGUUAUUUCUCUUGCUUUAUCUUAGGACUUAUUUGGAAAAUUUUAUACUGGUUAUUAUGCUCAGACCAAUGUUACCUGUUACGGGGUAUGCUGUGGUGCAUGGUACUAGUAGAGAAACAUGGUUUGCUAGAGCUAGGAUUAGUUGGAACGGUAUUUCCAGAAUGUGGUUCAUUUAGAACGUCAAUACAGAUCGACAUAUAUAAUAAAGUCAAUAACUUACCUUUGUUUCUGUAUAGUUCUUUUUUUUCGUUAAGGUAUCAGGUUGGAAUCUCCUGGUGAAGGGAUGUGCCUUUUAGCUGAUGGCACAAUACAUGCUGCACCACAGCCUUAAACACUAUUAGAUGGGGAGGAAACAAGAGAAGAGGCGAUCCUUAGCUACAAACCAGGGAAUGAGUCACGGUUUAACACUCCGUGAGGAAAAUACUGGUAAGAAGACUGUUGAUGUGACUUCCAUUUUGAGGAUACAACAUCUUAAACGUUUGGCAACAUGGGCGAGCGGAGAGGCUCGAAUACCUCCUCUCGGAGCGUUGCUUGGUGAACGUCUAGCUGCCAAUGCCGAGGCUUCGGGAGUCCCUUUAGACUCGUCUACUUUUCUUUGCCAAAGGUGCGAGACCGUCCUACAGCCCGGUUUCAACUGCACCGUCCGCAUAAAGAAGAAACCAAACAAGCCGAGAAGACGAAAGAAGUCGCGCAUUCCUUCUCAAAACAAUGUUAUCUACACAUGCCAUUUUUGUUCUCACCCAAACAUAAGAUGGGGUACCCCCAAAGGCCAUCUUAAGAGCUUAUCUGCUCCAAGAAGCAGCUCUCAAUCCGACUCGAAGCGCGAUCAAUCAUCCAUCAAGGAGUUAACGGACAAGAAAGCAGAAUCCAUUUCCGAGUUGAAUCAUAUCACUCCCGAAAAGGUUAAAGCAGUAGAAGAGGUAGCUUUGAAGCACCCGACGACUCCAUUAGUAAGACCAGUUAACAUGCCCGACAAUAAACAGAAGGGUUCUGCUUCUGCAUCUGAGAAGCUUCUUCGGAAUGACGUAAAUAGUUCUUCAAGACCAGAUUCUGAGAAAAGGGCCGGUGGUUCGAGUAAGCGGAGGAGGAAAGGAUGGUCUAGUCUUAAAGAGAUUACUGAAAACAAUGAGCUCCAGUGUGCCAGGAGCAUCAACAAUUUUGUGAUCCCAUUUGUUAUGUAAACAAUGUUUUGUUUUAUCUUACAAAAAGCGAUGAAGAGGUGGAAUUAUGAGAAAUUUUGCCAGAUAUAAAAGUGAAUUUCUUUUGCC